ACCAUCAUUUUUCCAUGCACUUCACCAACAUCUAAUUUCCUCCGCUCCCUCUCUCAAAACCUGACACCAUUAUCUGUAUCAGAACACCCAAAAAUCAACCAUGACUAGUUCAGGUAGUUCAAUCACGACUAAGAUGGUUAUGGUUUUUCUUCUAUCCAUCAGUUCUCUAGUAUUGGCAGCAUCGGCCGGUAACUUCUACCAAGAUUUUGACAUCACUUGGGGUGAUGGGCGUGCAAAAAUACUCAACAACGGCCAGCUUCUAACGCUGUCUCUUGACAAGACCUCUGGCUCUGGUUUUAAGUCGAAGAAGGAAUACUUAUUUGGCAAGAUUGAUAUGCAGCUAAAGCUGGUGCCCGGCAACUCAGCUGGAACCGUCACCGCUUACUAUCUAUCAUCUCUGGGGUCAGCUCAUGAUGAAAUCGACUUUGAAUUUCUGGGUAACCUAAGUGGAGAUCCCUAUAUCCUCCAUACAAAUGUCUUUACGCAGGGGAACGGCAAUAGGGAGCAACAGUUCUAUCUUUGGUUUGACCCCACCAAGGACUUCCACACCUACUCCAUUCUAUGGAAUCCUCAAAGCAUUAUUUUCUCCGUGGAUGGAACUCCCAUUAGAGAGUUGAAGAAUUUAGAAUCAAAAGGCGUCCCUUUCCCAAAGAACCAACCCAUGUGGAUAUACUCCAGCCUCUGGAAUGCCGACGAUUGGGCGACACGAGGUGGCCUAGUGAAGACCGAUUGGAGCCAAGCUCCAUUCACUGCUUCUUAUAGAAACUUCAAGGCCCAAGCUUGCAUUUGGUCUUCAGGCUCCUCCUCUUGUUCAUCCAAUAAUUCAUCCGCUAACUCCUGGUUGACAGAAUCCCUUGAUGCGACAGGGCAAGAGAGAAUAAAAUGGGUGCAGAAGAAUUACAUGAUUUACAACUAUUGCACUGAUAUCAAGCGCUUCCCCCAGGGACUCCCUCCCGAAUGUUGAUCACUUGCAUGAACUUCAUUUUGUAAUUAACUAUCAAACCAUGCACUUAAUAAUGUCCUGUUUCACAGCCAA